AGGAAAAGGACAAAAGUUCUUAUAGUUACAACGCUAUAAAUAUAGUCACAUUUUCGGGACAAUGAAUUGAAAGAAAAGGAAAAGGACAAAAGUUUAGAGUUACAACGCUAUAAAUAUAAUUAUCAGCUCCUUGACUUGAUUAUUUUAUGCUAUAAACCUGUGUAUAAAUAUGUGUGUAUGGAACCCUGCAUGAAGCACAAAACAAGCAAAUAAAAAAUCAGACUCAGUAUAUAGCUGAAAUUUGUAUAAACCAACUACAAAUGGCUUCUAUUGUUACCACUACUAUCACAAAUGGUGCUGACCAGAAUCUAGUAUUGCGUUUGUCGAACGACGGAAAUCCCCCGCCAACGAUCAAGAAUACACAAACAGCAACUUUUCCGCUGGCUGUGCCAGCCAACUAUGUGAACGGAGCUCUUGUGUAUGAAGUCGGUAAUAGCCUCAAGUGGAUCCUUUUUUGGACCACUGAUAAUCAGGUCUCUACUAAGAUGUUCAAAAUUAGUGACUCCAUUGACUGGAAACAAGUUGCAAACAAUCUUAAAUCCGGCCAAAUGAGCGAAGAUAUGAUUACAUAUGCCAAGUAUGAAUACACCGCAUGGGCAAAUAUUGGACCAAAUUCUUACGGUCAAGCAGUAACCGCCAGUAUCAACGCCCGUCCCGUGUCUAAAUAAUCUAGCUUUGCUUCGAUUAAUUGCUAUCUAUCGUAUCUAGGCAAUCUAUGUGUGGUGGUGAGGCUGUCGAAACAAAAUGAAAUAGUUUGCACUACUACUAUUUUCUUUUAUAUUAUGUAAUACUAUAUUUAAAUAAAUUUGACAGCCAGCAAUAAAAGAUUGCCAUGUGUGCUUA